AUGGCGAUGCCUAUUUGUUUAUGGAUUGUCUGCAACUGCUCUUGGACCAUCAGCCGAGCCUUCAUGAACGGGAGCUCAGUGGAGCACGUGAUCGAGUUUGGCCUCGACUACCCCGAAGGCAUGGCUGUCGACUGGAUGGGCAAGAACCUCUACUGGGCCGACACUGGGACCAACAGGAUUGAAGUGGCCCGGCUAGACGGGCAGUUCCGGCAGGUGCUCGUGUGGAGGGACUUGGACAACCCGCGGUCAUUAGCCCUGGAUCCCACCAAGGGGCCUGUGUUCAUCCUGGUUGACACCAUCCCCCAGCAGCCCGUCAAGCUUAGCUACAUCUACUGGACUGAGUGGGGUGGCAAGCCCAGGAUCGUGCGGGCCUUCAUGGAUGGGACCAACUGCAUGACGCUGGUGGACAAGGUGGGCCGAGCCAAUGACCUCACCAUCGACUAUGCAGACCAGCGUCUCUACUGGACUGACCUGGACACCAACAUGAUUGAGUCGUCCAACAUGCUGGGAGGUGUUGGACAUACCCGUCAGGAGCGGAUUGUGAUUGCUGAUGACCUCCCGCACCCCUUUGGCCUGACACAGUACAGCGAUUACAUCUACUGGACGGACUGGAACCUGCACAGCAUCGAGCGGGCCGACAAGAUCAGCGGCCGGAACCGCACCCUCAUCCAGGGCCAUCUGGACUUUGUGAUGGACAUCCUGGUGUUCCACUCCUCCCGCCAGGAUGGCCUCAACGACUGCAUGCACAACAACGGGCAGUGCGGGCAGCUGUGCCUUGCCAUCCCUGGCGGCCACCGCUGUAGCUGUGCCUCACACUAUACCCUGGACCCCAGUAGCCGCAACUGUAGCCCCCCCACCACCUUCUUGCUGUUCAGCCAGAAAUGUGCAAUCAGCCGGAUGAUCCCCGACGACCAGCACAGCCCGGACCUCAUCCUGCCGCUGCACGGGCUGAGGAACCCCUUCGUUUUGACCUCUCCAAGCCAAAGCCAAAACCCAGACAGGCAGCCCCAUGAUCUCAGCAUUGACAUCUACAGCCGGACGCUGUUCUGGACAUGCGAAGCCACCAACUCCAUCAAUGUCCACCGACUAAAUGGGGAUGCCAUGGGGGUGGUGCUUCGUGGAGACCGGGACAAGCCAAGGGCCAUCGUCGUCAACGCUGAGCGAGGGUACCUGUAUUUCACCAACAUGCAGGACCGCGCUGCCAAGAUCGAGCGUGCGGCUCUGGACGGCACCGAGCGCGAGGUCCUCUUUACCACGGGCCUCAUCCGCCCUGUGGCCCUCGUGGUGGACAAUGCACUGGGCAAGCUCUUCUGGGUGGAUGCAGACUUGAAGCGCAUUGAAAGCUGUGACCUGUCAGGGGCCAACCGCCUGACCCUGGAGGACGCUAACAUCGUGCAGCCCAUGGGCCUGACCGUGCUCGGCAAGCACCUCUACUGGAUCGACCGCCAGCAGCAGAUGAUCGAGCGCGUGGAGAAGACCACUGGGGACAAGCGGACCCGGGUCCAGGGCCGUGUCGCCCACCUCACAGGCAUCCAUGCUGUGGAGGAAGUCAGCCUGGAGGAGUUCUCAGCCCACCCAUGUGCCCGGGACAAUGGCGGCUGCUCCCACAUCUGCAUUGCCAAGGGCGACGGGACGCCACGGUGCUCCUGCCCUGUCCACCUUGUGCUCCUGCAGAACCUGCUGACCUGUGGCGAGCCUCCCACCUGCUCCCCCGACCAGUUUGCAUGUGCCACGGGGGAGAUCGACUGCAUCCCAGGGGCCUGGCGCUGUGACGGCUUCCCCGAGUGCGACGACCAGAGCGACGAGGAGGGCUGCCCGGUGUGCUCGGCCGCCCAGUUCCCCUGCGCGCGGGGCCAGUGCGUGGACCUGCGUCUGCGGUGCGACGGCGAGGCUGACUGCCAGGACCGCUCGGACGAGGCGGACUGCGACGCUCUCUGCCUGCCCAACCAAUUCCGGUGUGCCAGUGGCCAGUGCGUCCUCAUCAAGCAGCAGUGCGACUCCUUCCCUGACUGCAUAGAUGGCUCCGACGAGCUCAUGUGUGAAAUCACCAAGCCGCCCUCUGAUGACACUCCAGCUCACAGCAGCGCCAUUGGGCCUGUCAUCGGCAUCAUCCUCUCACUCUUUGUCAUGGGCGGGGUCUAUUUUGUUUGCCAGCGUGUGGUGUGCCAGCGCUACGCAGGGGCCAAUGGGCCCUUCCCGCAUGAGUACGUCAGUGGGACCCCCCACGUGCCCCUCAAUUUUAUAGCCCCAGGUGGCUCACAGCAUGGUCCCUUCACAGGCAUCUCAUGCGGCAAGUCCAUGAUGAGCUCCGUAAGCCUGAUGGGGGGCCGGGGCGCGGUGCCCCUCUAUGACCGCAACCACGUCACUGGGGCCUCCUCCAGCAGCUCAUCCAGCACGAAGGCCACACUGUACCCACCGAUCCUGAACCCGCCACCGUCCCCUGCCACGGACCCCUCCCUGUACAACAUGGACAUGUUCUACUCUCCAAACAUUCCGGCCACUGCCAGACCGUACAGGCCCUACAUCAUUCGUGGCAUGGCGCCCCCGACAACGCCCUGCAGCACGGACGUGUGUGACAGCGACUACAGUGCUAGCCGCUGGAAGGCCAGCAAGUACUACCUGGAUUUGAACUCAGACUCAGACCCCUACCCGCCCCCACCCACGCCGCACAGCCAGUACCUGUCGGCGGAGGACAGCUGCCCACCUUCGCCCGCCACCGAGAGGAGCUACUUCCACCUAUUCCCGCCACCCCCGUCCCCCUGCACGGACUCGUCCUGACCUCGGCUGGGCCACCCCGUGUCUCUGCACCCUUGUAAAUAGUUUUAAAUAUGAACAAAGAAAAAAUAUAUUUUAUGAUUUAAAAAAUAAAUAUAAUUGGGAUUUUAAAAACGUGAGAAAUGUGAACAGUGAUGGGGGUGGGCAUGGCUGGGAAAACUUUGUACAGUGGAGAAAUAUUUAUAAACUUAAUUUUUUUUAAAACAUAA